AUGGUAAGAGCCCAAGAUUCAAUACUCAAGUACAUGGUGAAAAUCAUGGAGGUUUGCAAAGGAAAGGGCUUUGUGUAUGGGAUUGUGCCUGAGAAGGGGAAGCCAGUGACAGGGUCCUCUGAUAGCUUGAGAGAGUGGUGGAAGGACAAAGUGAUAUUUAACCGAAAUGCCCCAACUGCCAUAGCUGAGUACUUGCCAGCUUUGAUUUUUGAGCAAGGUGAAUUGGACCAUGGCUCUUACGCUCAUCUUCUUCAUGAACUGCAAGACACUACUUUGGGGUCUCUGCUUUCUGCUCUGAUGCAGCACUGUGUGCCUGCACAGAGGGGGUUCCCAUUGGAGAAGGGUUUGGCUCCUCCAUGGUGGCCUACAGGGGAGGAGCUUUGGUGGGGUGACCAAGGGUGUCUUGGCUGCUGUGAUCAAGCACAUGGCUCCUAG